AUGGAGAAGUUCCCGAACAGCCAAGCUCGUUACCUAAAGAAGAUAUGCUCAGAUCACAGUCCUCUCAUUACGAGCAUGAUGGGUGAAAACUGGAGGAAAUGGGCAAGCUUCAAAUUUGAUCAGAGAUGGAUCAAGAGAGAAGGGUUCCGACAAGUAGUAGAGGAGAGUUGGAGGAACCAAAGAAGAGAGCCUAACAGAACAAUGACAGAAAAGAUAUCAGCAUGUCGGAAAGAAAUAUCCCUUUGGAAAAGAAGGAAUAAGCCUGCUUCGUCAAUCAGAAUCCAGAAGCUCCACCAUGAAAUCAAUCAAACACUUCAACAAGACAAGCUGAAUGAAGGGGAACUUCAGAGAUUACGAAAGGAGAUCAAUGAAGAAUACAGAAACGAGGAGACCUUCUGGAAGCAAAAAAAGCAGAAUGGAUUGGCUCAAGACUGGAGAUAA